GUAAAAGAUUUUAUUGAUCACAUAGAAUGACACCUUCAACAUAAGUGAACAGUUUUGGAAUACAAUCCUCAGAAAAUGAAGGCCAAACGAUUCGGGAAGGCUAAGCCUAUAGCUCAGCUAACAGACAUUAUCAAACUAGAGUACUUUCAGCAAGUUCGAUUCUUCAUUGACCUUGGCAUGGAAAUGGAAAAGACAGAUGAAAAUGGCCGCACCCCGAUUAUGUUGUGUCCCUUUAUGGAACCAGAAGUGUGGGGAACUGGGAUUGCUCGUCUGCUCAUCGAAAAAGGCGCUAGUUUGGAAAAUUGUGACAAAUACGGUAUGACGGUGUUGCACCUUGCUUGUAUAUACACAAGAGUUGACCUCGCCAAAGUGUUUCUCAACGCAAUAGAUUUUGAUUUACUUGAACAAGACAAAUGGGGGAAUACGGCGCUCCACUAUGCUGUCCGAAGCGGCAAUUUGAAUCUCGUUAAAGUCAUUACACAAGCGCAGUGGAAAUACAAAUUCGCAUUCGACAAGAAAAAUCGCGAAGGACUUACAGCUGUUGACGAAGCCUACAGGCUGAAAAUGAGAAAAAUCGCAGAAACAAUUGAAGCUGUUGAAAAUCAGACACAAGCUGACGCAGACAAUGAAUCUUUGUCACAGGUACCUUCAUUGAAUAUUAGACUUUCUCGAGAUUGUCUCCAUUCUCGAACACUUUCUGAUUUUGGAUCUAUAUCAAGGCGUUCUUAUCGAACACGCCCCAAAACAGCGUUUCUUCUAGCUCGUAGGGAAUCUGCAUCAAGCAGCAGCAGUGCUUCAAGUCUAUACGGACACGAUCGAACUGUGGUUAGUUACCGUAACUUUGUCAGACGUGAACUAGAACCGAACGAAAAGGAUGACAAGAUGAUUCUUCGCUGUGCUCCACUCACAGACUUUCGUAAUAAUCCAGAAUAUCUGUUCCAUCUCCUUGUUCCUGGAAUACUUCCGGUCAGUGAAAGCAUGAAAUCUGGUAGGCCAAGAUCGGCUUAUGAUUCGAAACUCCGAGAUUCAUCGAAUGGACGGGACGGUCCUUACUUUAGUUGGAGGGUGGAAUUCAAACGUUUGUAUCGUCAUUACGAGUACCAGUGUACGCCGUCGUAUAGAGACGGGAUAAAGAUCACUCCUUCGGAACUCUCCUACCUUGAUGCCCCGCUUACGCCAGCGCCAUCGGAGGAUACGAACGAAGAAGAAAAAGGGAAGAAAAGCAAACGGUCCAGCAGCUCCAUGACCAAACAGAACACUGCAGAAACUGGGAGACAACGGAAGCAAUCACAGCAACAACAGGGACAUACACAACAACAGCAGCAACAACAACAAAAGCAACAGGAACAGUCUAAGCGCAGAACUUCGACAGUUCAGUCCGGAAAGCAAUCGUCUUCAUCAAUGGAUGGCUCCGGCUCGAUGGCGUCUAGUAGCGAAUCCAUCAGCAGCGGGACUUCGACGAAAAAGGAGUCAGUCCGAAUGUCGAAUGGAAACGCGUCCGGAAGCGACUCACACGGGAGGCAAAGCCGGGCUGCGCAUUACAAUUAA